UAAGCUCAAAUAUAAGAUUUUUCUAUUUAUUUAUACAUUUUUAAACACUAAAUACUAUCUUGAAAAAUUAGCAAUUGGUAAAAAAUAAAGAUUUGGCAAUGAAGACAUUUUUAUGUGCGUUAUUUGUCUGGAUGUUUAUUUUAAGUGCAAUUGAAUAUAUUGUAGCAAUAAAUUACAAAACUAAUGAAUCGGAUUAUGAACUAUUUGAUACUUCAAAUAACAAAUUUUCCUUUAGGCUAAAUAUGUUCAAAUACAUAGUUUCACCUCUAAGUAAUAGGAUAUUUUCCACAUUACCUAGAAAUCCUGAAUUGUUACGAAAAAUGAAUAAAAUGCAACCAAUUUUUCCAAAAGAAAUGAAAUUUCCAUGUGAUACGAAUAAUACUAGAUCAAUAGAAAGGCCUAAUAGUGUACAUCAGUUAAGACCGGGAGAUAUAGAUGUUAUUGGAGCAAUAGGUGAUUCACUAGCUGUUGGGAUGGGAACAUUUACAAACAGAUUAUUGGAAAUAUUUAUUCCAGAGGAAGGAGUGUCUUGGAUAGGAGGAGGACAUGAAUCAUGGAGACAAUAUUUAACAAUACCAAAUAUAAUAAAAGAAUUCAAUCCUAAUUUGUUCGGCUAUGCUUUUGGUACAUCAAUGUCAAAAUCCAUUCAAAAACAAUUUAAUGUCGCUCAAGGUGCUUCUGAAAUUGAUGAUCUACUACCUAUGACGGAAAAUCUUAUAAAUCGAAUGAAAAUGAGUAAUAAGGUUAAUUUUAACCAAGACUGGAAGCUUAUUAUUAUCCACAUUGGUUCAAACACUAUUUGUCGCGGGGUUUGUAUCAGUUCUAAUAUAUCAACAUUCAUAAGAAAUUUUAGAAAUCAAUAUAUGAAAUCACUUCAAUUUAUAAAAAAUAAUUUACCGAGGACUAUGGUUCAUCUCCUAUCAACUAUUAAUUUGGAUACAAUAUUUCAUAACAUGAAAAGGCCUCAAGAAUGUCACUUCUUUAAUAAUAUUUUGGAAUGUCCAUGUUAUUUGAAUAAGUUUUAUAAAUCAAAGCAAACCCUUUAUUCGCAAGUAAUUGAAAAAAUCAAAGAAGUUGAAAAAGAAAUUGCUGAAAAUCCCGAGUUCAAAAGAGAUGACAAUUUUACUGUAAUACUUCAACCUAUGUCUGGAAAUUUUUCUAUUCCUUUAAAUAAAAUGAAAACAAAAGAUACAACUUACCUAGCAUCCGAUUGUUUUCAUCUUAGUCAAAAAGGAUAUGCAUUGGCUGCUACCUCAUUAUGGAAUAAUAUGAUGGAACCAAUUGGAAAAAAAACGAAAACAAAUGAUAAUAUAAAAAUUGGUCAAUUGAUUUGCCCAACAAAUGAAUUACCAUUUAUCGCUACUUGGAAAAAUAGAUUAAGAAAUUAAUUCCUUAUUCUGUUUACAGAAGCAUGAACAUAAUAAUUGAUUUUAUUUUCAAAAAUAAUCCAACAAAAAUUACUAAAUAAAUUAUUUUACAUCUUUAACUUUUUUGUUAAAAUAUUGAAAUAUUAUCAAAGGAGAACACGAGGAGGUGAAAUGAGAAGGUCAGUGACAAUAGGCGAGGACAUGAUUGGUGAGGUGGAAAGUUUUAAGUAUUUAGGGUCAGUUGUGCAAAAAAGUGGUGGUAUUGACGAAGAUAUAAGACACAAAAUUAAGUGUGGGUGGUUGAAGUGGAGAGACGCGUCUGGCGUCUAAUGCAAUAAAAGAAUUCCAAUGAGGCUGUAAGGUAAAUUCUACAAGACUGUAAUAAGGCCAGCUAUGAUGUAGGGUUCAGAGUGUUGGGCGGUUGAUAAGAAAGUAGAGCAAAGAAUGAGUGUAGCAGAGAUGAGAAUUCUUAUAUGGAUGAGUGGAGUGACUAGAAAAGAUAGAAUAAGGAACGAGCAUAUAAGAGGAAGUAUAGGUGUAGCGUCAAUCGUGGAUAAGAUGAGAGAAAAUAGACUUAAAUGGUUUGGUUAUGUUAUGAGGAGAGAAGAAUCGGAAGCUGUAAGAAUAGUUAUAGAAAUUAGUGUUGAAGGAAGAAGAGGUAGAAGAAGACCAAAAUAGAGAUGGAGGGAUGCUAUUGAAUGCGAUUUGUGGGCAGCUGAUGUGAGUGUAGAUGAUGUGAGAGAUCGUGUCAAGUGGAAGUUUAGGAUAAGGGUUGGGUAUCAUAAACAAAAUGAAUAAGGGAGGGGGAUAGGAAUGGUAUAGAAUGGAUAGUAGCACACACAAAUAGAGUUAAAAAAUUAAUAAUACCAGUCUAUAACAUUCCAAUUUUUUAGCUUCGAUGCGAAUUUUUUAUAUGUAAAUACUAAUUUUUAAUAAUAUUAAAACUUAGAAGUGAUAGAAAAAGUCUAAUUGCAGAUUUGAAAACAUCACGAAAAAUUAAUUUAGAAUAGCAUAUUUUUGUUACUGAUGAAAGUUCUUUGUAGUUCAGUGCAUUUAUUUAUAGUAACAAACAGUUUUUAUUGAAAUUUAUUGUAUCAAGCCCUUUAAAUUUUUAUACACGUAAAAAUAAAGCAAAAUACAACUUCUUUAAUAUUUUUAUAAUUUCUCCGUUUAAAUUACAAUAUAAAAUUAUUGAAUAUCAAUGUCAUACUAAAUUUAAUAAUUAUAAUUAGUAUUUAUUCAUAUAUUAUAUUUUAAAAUCAAAGAACUACUAAUUAGAAAUAAUAAAAGAAAUAAGAGUUGAUGUUGCUUUUGGAAUAAUACACCAAUUUCUCUAAAUGAAACACUAUCUACAGAUUUGCAUCGAAGCGUUUCUUAUGAUAGUGAUUUUAAUCACUGUCAAAUAUCAUCUAUACUUGUCCCAUCUAUGCCUUGUCUAUACUGUGCCUCGACCCCACUGUGCUACCGUUUUUUGAAAUAUGUUUCUAUAUAAAUAUGAUAAAGUAUUACAAAUUAAAUUUUAACAUUCAUUAUUCCAUUUUCCAACCUUUAUGUCAUCAUUUACCAUUUACUAUCUACCUUUUUUAUGACAUAAUAAUCAGAUAAUAUGCUCCUUGUAUUAUU